AUGGCUUCUUCGGAGUCUCCUUCAGUUCGGAUAUCCAAGAUCGCUGGACGAUAUCUCGUCUUCGACUCUGAAGCCGUUGGCUUCUUGCGUCGGAGCCAGAACAUCAAUGGUAGUCUCACUGGAACGGCGCCUCAGCAACCAACUCAGAAUAUUUUUCUUGGUUUGCCCAUCGAACUCCGCCCGGAAGAAGUUGAAGCGCUGUUACAGAAGAAGGUGGCUUAUCUAGUAGACGACGUAGCUGCUCAUCAAGCCGUGCUCCAGAAUCCCAGUACGGAAGCAAGAAGGCUGUAUCUUGAUUCGCUUAAAACAAGAAAGCAGACAGCUCAACACGUUUUUGCUGAAAAGAAUGCCAAGAGGGCUGCCGAAUCGGCUGAAAAGCAUAAGAAGACUCGCCAGCGUGCACCCCCUAGCAAUACAGACGAGGGUGCUAUCUCUGCAAGUGACACGCCUGAACCGAAUAUACAUCAACAGGAAUCUGCUAUCAAAACAAUGGGCGUCACCCCAACGUCCAGUGGACCUUUAAUUUCAUCCGAGGCUGAACGAAUUUAUCGAGCCACUAACCCAGCACAAGGUCCACUGUGUGGUUUCCUUCUCACUUCUGGUUACUAUAUGACACCCGGCCUACGGUUUGGUGCUAAGUACAGCGUUUAUCCUGGCGAUCCUCUCCGAUUCCACGCUCAUUUCAUGGCAAACCAAUACGAGUGGGAUGAAGAGAUCCCCGUGUUGGAUAUCGUAGCAGGAGGCCGACUCGCUACAGCUGUGAAGAAGGCGUACCUCAUCGGAGCACAGCAGCCACAGAUGACUGAGUCGGCUCAUGAUCAAAAGAUGAGAACCUUUAGUAUUGAAUGGGCAGCUAUGUAA